AUGGCAUCGGCGUCGGACGUACUGGCGGCCUGGGACGCCUGCGAUAAGACUGAUACUGUCUUCAUCCUCGUAUGCACCGUCUUCUGCUGGACCAUCAUUCCGGCCGUGGGGCUUGGAUACUCCGGCUACUCGACCAGAAAGAGUGGUCUUGCAUCUGUUAUGCCUGCAAUAUAUGCAGUGGCGGUUUGCACAAUCCAGUGGUUCCUCAUCGGGUACACGCUGGCAUAUGGCGAUGGACCUGGAGGAGCGUUCGGCAAUUUGGCCCAUGCUUUCCAUCGAGGCGUCCUGGCUGAGCCUGUCGGAACAAUACCAGCUGUGCUCUUCAGUGAGUUUCAGCUUGUGUUCUUGGCCACGGUCUGCGCCAUCAGUGUUGGAGGAGCUUGUGAGCGUGGGAGAAUUCUACCAUUGAUACCUUUUAUCUUCCUAUGGGCGACCUUUAUCUACUGCCCUUUAGCCCACAUGGUGUGGGGCGGGGGUUUUCUUGCCGAAUUGGGAGUUCUCGACUUUGCUGGUGGCACUCCCGUGCACAUCUGUAGUGGUGCGACUGCCUCGGCGCUGAGCUUGUACUUGUCGUAUCCAAUCGCCAGGUCGCGGAAGUCGGAGGUUCGAACGCCAUCACAUCUGAAACUGCAUCGACCUCAUAAUUCGAUUUGUCAAUUGUUGGCAAUGAUCAUCAUCUGGGGAUCGUGGCUGGCUUUCGAUGCCGGCACUACCCUGAGCCUGAACUUCCAGUCUGUCAUGGCACUCUGCGUGACUAACCUUUGUGCCUCAGCUGGAGCUCUGACAUGGGCGGCGAUCACAUAUGCUGAAACAGGAAAGUGGUCAUUGGAUAGCACCUUCAUGGGCGCGAUCGCUGGACUCGUCAUGAUCACACCAGCGGCCGGCUUCAUUGACCUUCCAACUUCGUUGUUAUUUGGAUUUCUGGGAGCGGUCGUUUGCCGCCAAGCUCUCCGCAUCAAGUUCACAGACUUUGCUCGGAGCUGGAGGUGGGUUGACAACGGCGACACGUUCGCCACUCACUGUGUCGGAGGAUUCUUGGGUACCAUUUGCACAGGUCUGUUCGCUCAGAAGACGGUUGCGGCGUACGGUGGUGUAGAGGUUGAUGGUGGAGUUUUCUUCGAUGGCAAUAUCCGGCAACUUGGAGUCCAGAUUGUAGAGGCAUUGUUAGGGUUCGUAUGGUCCUUCGUCGGCUCAUACGCCAUCAUUGUCAUCAUCGACUGCAUCCCAGGGCUUGAGUUCCUGGCUGAGGACAAGGACGUCAACAUUGGCAUGGAUGCCUCGCAAAUGGAUGAGAGUCUGUACGAAGCGCAAUGGGCAGGCGAGGAGGAUUACAAGCCACUAGCAAACGGCGGCAUCGUUCUUGAAUGA